AUGGUAGGGUUAACCACAAGCCGUCAGAUCUGGCAAGCAUUGGAGACCAGUUUUGCUAGCCAGUCUAAGGCAAAAGCAAUGCAGUAUAAGAUGCAGUUUCAAAAUAUCAAGGACUCUUUGCCAAUAAUUGAAUAUUUGGGAAAAAUCAAGCGCUGUUGUGAUCUUCUUGCAGCUAUUGGAUGCAAGAUUUCAGAGGAUGAUCAGAUUCUGUAUGCUCUGAAUGGCCUAGGACCUCAAUAUGAUCCUGUUAUGGUGGCAAUCUCAGCUCGUGUAGAUGGGUGGACAAUGCAGGAAGUAUCUUCUCUGUUGAUGAGUUUUGAAACUAGAUUGGAAGGCUCAAAAUCCUCUUCCUCGCAUAUAAAUGUUGAUGGCUCUAUUUCCUCUUUGAAUCUCACUCAAAUGCCUGCCUUUAGAAGAGAAGUUUCUCCAGCCCCCUCAAGUAAUACAUAA